GAAGGAGACGACAAACAGAACUCUUAGAUGAAGGGAAGGAAAGCAUGUCUUUUACUUAUUAACUAUGAAUCCAAUCCUCAAAUGAAAGGAUAUGUUUGAGUCAACAGAAGAGAACAUUGAAUGUUAUGACAAAAGUGAGCCACAAGUCUAUCACCAGAAUCUGAAACUACAGUCAAAGUUAAGUCUGAGAGAACUGACGCCUAGCAUAGAGAUGAAGACUUUCGAAGUGGGAUCACUGGACUCGAGCGACACAUACCUGAGCUGUUGUACUCAUCCCUUCACCUCUUUAGCCGAUCUCACGGAAGACACCAACGAAGACAACUCGAGAGCAGAACUUUUGCAUAACGUUUACAUAAACCCAAUGGAAGUGAUGGCCCAUCAAAGUAACAAUGAAUUGAAUUUCCAACACUUUUUAGUCGGAGUGCCUCUCAAUCACAACAAAUCCGAUGAUAUGUUAACCAAAAAACUAAAUGUGAUUUUAUCGGAUCAACUCUGCAACGACUCCUCAUCGACGACAUCCACUUCAUCGCCACUCAUCAAAAAGCCUAAAUUUCUUCAGGGAUUGAGAACUCGAUUCGAUGAGUCAAAUGCCAUCGCAAAGGACUUCCACGAAAUGGCUAAACAGAAGAUUAAGUCUCCGUUCCUUCCCUACAGAGGCCGAACUGGUAGUGGAAGCAAAGCCUCACUUCUCAUAUCAGACCUAAACUCUGAUAAUCUGAAGCAUAAAAAGUCUAUUUUAAAGAAAAACGACUCAAACAGUCAGAGCAGAGAAGAAAUGGAAAGAUUAUUACCGGAGACACCCAAACAUGCAAUGAACAGGGUUUCCACUACUCCUCAAACCCUAUCACUAAACCCCACAACGAGUCUAUCUUUGCCAUCGCGUCCGGCCACUGGUUUUCUCACACCUCAGACAUCAAGUCCUUCAGCGCUCAGUCUAUCAGUGAAUGAAAGCACUAACAAAACGGUUCGGCCGUCACUCAAACAAAUCGGAUCGAGUAAAGCAGGCAAACAAAUCACUCCUCCCCCGGUCUCCAUCUCAACGCCGACCCCUCCGGCGCUACUUCCUAUGCCUCCAAUUGUUCCUCCAAUACCUAUAUUCCAGACCACAUCCACCACAAGACUUAUCGGUGCCGUCGCUCCCAUUCAGUUGUCAGCGAAGGGUUCACUGAAGAAAGCGGACACACCAUUAGUCCGGUGCUCUAAUCCCAUCUGUUAUUACAACCGCGUGUGUCGGGCGACACCUCUAUGCGCCGGUUGUGGUCACAGAAUCGAGACUUUCAAAGACUCAAACGAUUCAAAACCACAUUCAGUUCCUCUGACACCGACGACCCCUGAUUCCAAACAUGACCAGAAUAUGAGUCGCCAGCCAUCCAACGAGUCGGCCCCUCCAGCCUAUUCAUAAUGUCUAUGAUAUUAGUCUAACAUUUCUCAAUUCAAACACAAUUAACGAAUAAUUAAUACCAUUUUGUUUAACAAAAAAAAAGUAUUGUAAAGAACUAAACAUUUUGUGUCAUUGCAUAUAAUACACGGU